CCCACUCCCCAGGCAGAGAGCAUACUGACAGGGAUUGAGCCAGAGUGGAAUCUAAGCCAUGUACGUUGUGCCCGAGCACCGGCCCUGGGAGGAGAGACUGUGGAGACUGCCCCGCAGUGCUGAAUCUCAGGACCUUAAUGAUGCGGGAUCAAAUUCAGGCAGUACGGCACAGCCGGACAAUACGGGGCAUCCUGAAUAUGUUGCUUUUGUUCUUGUUCCUGUUUUCUUUGUCAUGGGCCUUUUAGGGGUGCUAGUGUGCCAUAUUCUUAAGAAAAAAGGCUAUCGCUGUACCACAGAGGCAGAGCCUGUAGAGGAAAAAGUCAUUGGAGAAACAAUUGAAAUGAGUGAAAACACAGGUGAUACUACCAACCAUAAUGACACUGUUGGACAAAUUGUCAACUACAUCAUGAAAAAUGAAGCGAACGCCGAUGUUCUUAAGGCCAUGGUAGCAGAUAACUCUUUGAUUGGGGACAACAGUGUAUUCAAUCCUGAAAGCCCUACCACACCAAAUACUCCAACAAGCCCAACUACUCCAUAUACUCCAGUAAGCCCUACCUCACCUACUGCUACUCCAUCCAAACACACAUGCCGGGGACAACAUUUUCACACAGUUGGUGGUGUGGCUGAAAAGAAUGUGUGCACCCGAUGCAGCAAUAAGCGAUGGCAACUAAUAAAGUCCCCCCCAAAACAUAAAGAACCAAAGAAACCUCGCCAAGCAGUCACUGUACUAUCAGUGGGAAGAUUUAGAGUCACAAAAGUUGAACCAAAAUCUAAGGAAAGAAAACGAUUAAUGUCUGAUAGCACUGACAUAACAAAUUGUGAAGUACCUACAACCCCAGUUAAAGUUAAUUCCAGGUCAAGAAGUGGCACAGAAACAGAGAAUCAAAUCUCUGUAGAAACCUGAGAUGUGAGGUAUUCCAAAGAGGGGCCAAUUUUUCGCAUUAUGAGAAGAUAUUCAAGCCGCAUUUUUUUUUUAGUGUUGAAUUUGUGUAUGUAUGGCAAGUGCUGCCUUUAUCAAGCAGCUUAUCCAAAUCGUUUUAAAGCAAUAUUUCAAUACCAAAAAAAAGAGACUAAACUAAGCCAUUUGUACAUUUUAGUAGUGGUUUUUUUUCCCUAUAGAUAAAA